AUGUUACACAAAUUAGUCAGAAAAAUUUCAUGUCUUCAUACGUUACAUUUACGAUCAAUAUCGACAACACCACUCCAUCAACAACAUCGACAAACAGAAAUUUUUAGAAUAGCAUUAAUAUUAGAAGGAAAGAGAGGCUUAUGUUUAAAGUCAACAUACUAUUCAUUGAGCAGUGGAAGCAGAUCAACACAAAUUUGGCAGAGUUAUGAUGAAUUACGAUCAUAUCGAAAAGCACGACAACAAAUAGUACAUUUUCCAGCUGAGCUGAAGGCUUAUGAAACACAUAAUAGAAGCGUUGUUUCUUUAUUAACAUGCUAUAGCUACAAAAAAAGUGAAACUCGAUAUAUUCUGACAACCGGAACAAUGAUCAGACCAAAUUUAAUAUUAUCGUGUGCACAUGGUGUAGCUGAAUAUUUACUGGAUAAUCUAACUCCCAUUGAAUAUCGUAAGUAG